AUGUCAAUCACAUCUAACCUUCCACCACCUAGAUCCAUCCUCCUUGUGGGCGGCGGUCAGGGGAUCGGACUCGAGUCAACCCUGUAUCUCCUUGCCAACUCUCCAUCUAGUAUUCAUUUGAUCGUCUUCGGACUCGACAUCAAUGACCAAUUGCGCCGACACCGCGAUACUCACAACCGGCUUCAUCUGCUCCAGGGAGAUGUAACCAAAUCGGCAGACCGAGAGAGGGCAAUUCAAUUGUGUCUCGAUGUCGCUGGUGCUCUCGAUUGCUUGGUAUACUGUGCCGGACUGAUCACACCGAUCCAGAGGAUCGAGAACCUGGAUUUGGAUGCUGUGAGACUGACCUACGAGGUCAACGUCUUUGGGGUUAUUGCAAUGUGUCAACUCGCCCUUCCACAUCUGCUUCGCUCACGACGGCCCCAUGCAAUCAUUCUGUCAUCAGCUUGUGAUUUCAGUGUCACUUAUCGUGGCUGGAUGACUUAUUGUACAACCAAAGCGGCGUUAUCCCGCUUCAUCCAACUCUUUGCACACGAGAACCCGGAGCUUUGUGUGCAAGGUGUUUACCCUCGUCUCACAGAUACCAAGAUGCCGGCCGAUGUUGUGGCGGGGAAGUAUGCUGGCAUUAUGGCUGAAGCUGAGAUUCAAAGGUUCCGUGACUUCGCAAAGGACAGCUCUACCUUUGAGCCGGCUGCAUGGUGCGGCGAAGCUGUCGCUCGUCUUGCCUAUGGAUCUCAGAUGGGAGGUAACACGGGAAAGGUUCUGUACUAUGAGGAGCAUGUUCCCGAUUUGGUAGCGAAAAAGCCUAGAGCCCGACUAUAG